AUGCGAGGCAACGACUUUCUGGCGCGCGUGUAUGAAGAUCCCCGCAGCCCAAACUCCCCCGCCCAUCGCUCGGCUUCCCAUCGCCGCUUUGGCGACUUUCCCCGCAGGGAACUGCGCUCGCGGGCGCACUCCUUAUCUCCCUCGUGGCGUGAGACGGAGGUGCUCGACGGCCACGAGGAGGGGAACUGCGGCAUGGCUGAUGCCUUGGCGACGCGGCUGGACAGCUUUGGCUGCAUCCCGUACGAAUCCCGCUACAACUUGACCGAGCCACCCGAUGCCCUUCAGGGAGGGGGAGGUGGGAGCAGCAGCAGCAAGAACAAAAAGGGCGGCGGCGGCGGAGGAGUGAGAAAAAAAGGCAAAGCAAAGGCACCAAAGAGUGGUGUGCUGCGAGCAGACUUGGAUAUUCCAUGGCAGCUUCGUGAGCCCGUUAGUGACCCUGGUUGCAGCUACUUUGACUUUCUCGGCACAAAAAACUUUUGGUUUCUCAUUCAGUUCUCAGCGCGUGUAACGUUUAUAGGCAUGCUUGUCCCUGCUGUUAUUAUUGCCGUAGGUAAGGAAAAAUUGGAAUUUAUGUCCUCCUCAUUCACUCUGCCGGCCGUCGUUCUUGCCGCCGACGUCUGUGUGGGGGGUUCUUUGAGCUUCACGGUGGCGUUCCUGAAGGCCGCUUGCAUUUGGCUUCCACUCGCCACAGCGUGUGCCGCGGUGGAGUUGCACCGUAGCUACGCCGCAUUCAUUGUGGUUUACUUUGUCCUACUUUUCCUCAUUGCCUGCUUCACGCGGGACACGACGCAGCGUGUUGCUCUGGUGCUCUUUAAUGUCUCACUGGUGAGCCAAAUGAACGGCAAAACCGCCCUGUCGUUUCCCUCGCACAUACUCGUGCAUUGGCUGGUUGGGGUUCUCUUUGGGGUGGCCAGUACCCUCCUGCCGUACCCCGUUUUGGCGACCCGCAUGGCGCAAUCCACGUCACACCGCAUCUGCGUGAACGCGGCGACGGCGUUUCGAGGUUUGUUGACCUGUUUCUGGGCAGCUUCAAAUACGUCGCGCAGCAUGGGGAUGGUGCGCAUCCGGCACGUCACGCGCUCGAUAGAUGUGCUGCUUGACAAGCUAGGCGGGGUGGAGAAGUUGACCUUCUACGAGUUCCUCUUCUUUGACAGCUUUGAGCGGCGCAAGGUGCGGCUGGAGAAGACGGAGCUGCUCGACCAGCUGCGCCUGAACCUGCACUCCAUGUCGCGGCUGAUUGACAUUGUGCAGGACAAUCCCCACAUCAUCGAUGGCUCCAGCCACUGCAUCCAGUUUGGCGCCAGCCUCUCCCACUCGAUGGAGGGCAUCUCACGUGCCGUGGAGGAACUACUUGGCGGCCUCGCAGAGGCGCGGAGCCGUCGCGAACUGCUGGAGCUCAACUCCCUCUUUGAGGCCUGUGGACGCAACUUCAAGAAUCUGCAGGAUGAGUUCAAUGUGGCAAGCCGGGAGCUCUUUUACGAGAAGCGGCAGGCCAAGGCGAUGGGAGAGUUUGUCCCCCUCAUGUCGUUCUUCGUCUUCUCGGUGGUGAACUUCUGGUCGGCGCUUGACGAGUUUCACCGCAAGAUGCGGACGGAGGGGCCGAACCUCACGCGGUUCUCGCCAAAGCGGUUGUGGGACCUCCUCACACACCCUUUUUUAGGUGAGAUAAAUUUCUUGAAGCGACUCGUGCUGAGGCACGGGGAGGCGGAGCUGCGGGUCCUUAUUGAGGCGGGGAAGGUUAGCGUGGCCAUGCUGAUUUCCAUGCUGUUCCUCUCCUCCAAGGACACGGAGUUUCUCACUUUGGCGGGGCCAACCAUCACUGCGUUUCUGUCGGGGGUAAAUCCAGUGCAGGUGCUGCAGGGAUCCGUGGCGCGGCUGGGCGGUACGCUGUUUGGCACCGUGGUUGGCUUCUUUGCGGCCUCGCUGUGCAAAACGACGAUCGACUUUAUUGCAAGUCUCUGCGUCAUUACCGCCGUCAUGACAUUCUUCCGCACGGGAGAGAAGUACGGGCCAGUCUGCAUGUCCACCAACUUCAUUGGGAUACCGAGUUUGGCUGGCGGGGCCGCGUCGUCCGCCGAGGUGGCCAUCGGCCGCAUUCAGCAAAACACCUUUGCGGUGGUGGUGUACUGCCUGAUUUUGGUUCUCGUGUUCCCGGUUAGCCCCGGGAGGCUUCUGAUGAAGAAGCGCAUGCACGUUCUGCAAACUAUUGCCGAGAUUAUGGACGACACUGUGGACUUCUACCGGGAGCCCCUGCACAAUGAACCACAGCUCCUCAGCAGCCGACGGGAGCCGGGGGCGCAAGAGCCGCGUGGCGGAGGCGAGAACGAAGUGGCUUCUGCGGGCGUUUACGUGUCGACGUUCAUCAAGGUACCGGAGCCCGACGCCCGCAUCUCCAACCUCUUCAACAAGGUGCGGAGCCUGCGGCAGGAGAUGGCACAGACCGCGCGUAUCAUGCCAUUUGCGGCGGACGAGCGCGGCAUAAAGCCGGUGGUGUACCCACAGAAGGCCUGCGAAGCGGUUCACACUGCGCUUUACCGUAUUUCGAACCUCGUGUACAACAUGGUGUGUAGCUGGAAGCUGAUGCGGGACAAGGCGUACUUCACGCCUGAGAUGCGUCGCCUGUUUUACUACAUCUACCCCGUCGCCAGAGACGUGCAGCACAGCCUGCAGCGCUUUGUGAAUCUCCUGAGCUUCUACGUGACGCACCCCUCCUCCUCGCUGGCGUCGGAGCUCACCAGCUGCCUCGUGGAGUUCCGCGUCCUUGUGGGUGAGUCAUCCCGCAGGAAGCACCGCGCCAUUCUGGCAACCAUCACCGCGGCAGUGCGGCGGCAGCGGCAGCGGCAGCGUGAAAAUGAGGCACGGCACCCACACUUAGGCAGAGGCGCGGGGCAUUCCGGCGAGGGGGGAGCCCCGCCCAACGUAAGUGACCCCUCAGGGAAGGCGCAGGAGACCGGCAACGCGACGCCCGCCGCGGGGCGUCCUCGCUCUCGGCAAGUCGGGGGCGCUGGGGAGGCGGCACCACCACCGGCACUUGGGCGCCAGCGGCCAAACGAGCCACUGUGUGCCGCGGGAGGCCGGGAAAAGGCGGGGCAGCGCGGCGGGCGAGCGGGCGAGCGGGCGUCCUCCACGGAGCCGACUUGUCGCCCCGGGGAGGAGGCGGUUUCAGAGCUGCAUUCGCGUCGCGGCGGCGCUGCUGCUGCCGCUUCGCCAGGACCCGCCGGCUCGGUGGACGCGGUGUGGUCGGGCGGUGGCGGCGGCGGCGGUGAUUCCUCCACGGCGUCCUCCUCGCACGGCUCCGUGCACUUCUCCGCGAGCUUCGCCACGCCCAUCACGGUCCCUGACACGGAGGGCAUACACGCCAUCGCGCUCACGCUGGACAUGAUGGGGAAGGAGCUGAAGAACGCCCUGCUUGCCUUUGAGGACAUGGUGCAGUUGAAGACCAACUGA